ACCCGGCGGGCGGCUGGAGCCCUGCGCUCGCCUCCUGGAAGCCGCGGGUCGGCGCUCGCCCCCGAGGGCGCCGGGACCUCCGCGCUCGAACAGAAACUGCCCUUCCAUUGAUUCGGCCCGGUCGGGCGAGCGGCCGGUGCGUGUGUCCCGAGCGCGUGCGGAAGGCACAGGGCAGGAAGUCGGUCUUCUGCGGCGCGGGUGGCGGCACCGAGCGGGGACGGAGCCUUCCUUACUUAUGUGUCUGCAGGCCUUCGCCGCCUUCGCCCGAAGACUUCAGAGAGCGUCCCGGAGCCGCGUUCCCCGCGUGUGAGGCACGGAGGGGCUGGAUGUCUAACAACAUGAUUAUCCAUUAACCUCCGAACUUUUCUUUUUUUAACCCAAAGAAUAUCGGUGAUUUUUGUCCACUGCUAGCAGAGGAAGAGACAACCCAGGGCUCUUGAAAUGCAGCAAAAUCCUUAUUUAUAAACAGGCCCGAGGUCGUGAUAUGCAAACCCCCCUCUACUCAGUGAAUUUUCUAUCCUAUGGAUAUCAGCCUUGAGCUUUGAGAUUGCAGAGCGGUCCUGUCUGCACUGGGUCCUGCAGCCUCCAUCCUUUCAAUGCCCAGUUUUCUCUGGGACUGCUGGCCUUCCCUGGAGAUCAGAGCGGUCCUGUGUGCCAUGGGCUGUAUUCAGAGCAUCGGGGGCAAAGCCAGAGUCUUCCGGGAAGGUAUCACGGUGAUUGAUGUGAAAGCCUCCAUCGACCCCAUCCCCACCAGCAUUGACGAGUCCUCCAGCGUGGUGCUCCGCUACCGGACACCCCACUUCCGCGCCUCGGCUCAGGUGGUCAUGCCGCCCAUCCCCAAGAGGGAGACCUGGAUAGUGGGCUGGAUUCAGGCGUGCAGCCACAUGGAGUUCUACAACCAGUACGGCGAGCAGGGCAUGUCCAGCUGGGAGCUCCCGGACCUUCUGGAGGGCAAGAUCGAGGCCAUCAGUGACUCGGACGGGGUGAACUACCCCUGGUACGGCAACACCACGGAGACGUGCACCAUCGUGGGCCCCACCAAGAGAGACUCCAAGUUCAUCAUCAGCAUGAAUGACAACUUUUACCCCAGCGUCACGUGGGCCGUGCCGGUCAGCGAGAGCAACGUGGCCAGACUGACCAACAUCUACCGGGACCAGAGCUUCACCACGUGGCUGGUGGCCACCAACACCUCGACCAAUGACAUGAUCAUCCUGCAGACGCUGCACUGGCGCAUGCAGCUCAGCAUCGAGGUGAACCCCAACCGGCCCCUGGGCCAGCGCGCCCGGCUGCGCGAGCCCAUCGCCCAGGACCAGCCCAAAAUCCUGAGCAAGAACGAGCCCAUCCCGCCCAGCGCCCUGGUCAAGCCCAACGCCAACGAUGCUCAGGUCCUCAUGUGGCGGCCCAAGCACGGGCAGCCGCUGGUGGUCAUCCCGCCGAAGCACCGGUAACAGCCGGGCCGCCCCGCUAGGUUAGACUCAAAUAAUAAUUCUGCUCACACAAAACCCGCACGGACUCGGUCAUUCAGCAAAAUACAACCAUUCUACCUUCUCCGGCGGGCGGAUCUCACUGUGCGAACCCCCCGGAUGGCCUCCCCACCCUGCGGAACCUGCUGCUUUGUGGGGAGGGGGAGACCCAGCCGGGACAGACCGACCCCGCGUGCGUCCUUCACUGUCACCUUGGGUCUCCUGUUCUCUCCUUUUCUCACAAUUUCAGCCAUUCUCUUGCAACAGACUCCCUGAAACAACUGCUUUUUCAGUUCUUUUUUUUUUUCAACGCCUCCCCAGGAGGUUCAGGGGCGGGAGGAGGAGGAGCUGAUUACAGGCUGGUCGGCGCCGUUGCUGGCUUGUGACAGUGGCCGGCUCUCCCGUGGCAGCUCCCCCUUGCCCUCUGUCGUGCGGCCUUAUGUAGACUUGCUUUGCCAAACUUUUGCCUUAAGCUGAAUUUAAAGG